AUGUCCCCCAGCCCGACAUAUUCAUUGGCAGACGUCCUUGCUGUUGCACAAAUACACCCAUUCUACUGCUCUACUCAGUACCCACCAGACGAUAAGACCAUUCAGGAUGCAAGAGAGAAAGCAGCAUCGAAGUACGAGCGGCCUGACUUGAAGUCAUGGCCGUUGCUUCGGAAAGCCGAUUUAUAUACCGUAAUUGAACGGCUUAUCAAUGACACCGACGCGAGGAACACGUAUCGCCACAAUGUCUACACCAGCGUUACGGGCGGAGGUGGAGGUGUAUCAAAACCUUUGUUCUUUGCGACAGAUGCGCUUGAGAAUCGUCGUCAUAGGGCCCUCUUUGGCGAUUUUCUCAAGAAGACCGGCAUCAUUGAACGUGGGGACUGGGUCCUGUCGACUCAUCAUGGCGGCAGCUUAUACAGUGCAGAAGCUGGGCCUUAUGGAGCUAGCAGUCCCUUUCUCGUUGAUUUUGACCCCUGCUCUAACCAUAAUGAUUUCGUUAUCGAUACGCGGAUGACAAUCAUUGAGGUUCUCCCUCUAUCUUCCGCGGAGAGUGAGAGCGACGAGAUCCCUAAAGUACUCUCGGACGGAGAAACAGGUGUCAUCGCACAAACGGCGCUGACACGUCUGCGCCACCCUGUGAUACGUUACAUCACUGGCGACAUCGGUUCCCUUCAUCCUUUGCCACAAAAAUCUGUUGGUCGGCUUGCCAAACAUGAUGUGCCUCAUUGCCGCAUUCUUCGCCUGCAGGGCCGCGACCACCGCUUCAGUUUCAUGUGGGAUGGGUGCGACUUUCAGUUCGACAAGCUCAAUACAAUCUUAUCUGACCCUCAGUCGGGAGUUCUCCUGUGGCAGGUGAUACUAGACAAGAUGCAACCGUCUCAAGAAAUUUCGUUGGAGAUUCGUCUGCUGAGCGGCCAGAGCUCGGGGGAUACAGCGCACUUUCAGACCCUUUUGGAUCGGCUGAAGGCCUGUCUUGAUGUCAAUGAUUCGAAUGAGCACAAAUUCAAGGUCACAUUUGUCAAUGACGCUCUGGGGUUUGAGCUGAGUGGGACUGGGCGAAAGGUUAUUCGGUUUGUUGAUCGCUCACUGUAG